AUGGCUAAGGCCAUUGUUUCGAAGCACCUCCAGGGCGCUUGCGGGCUGAUUCCCAAGGCCGACCGCAAGCUCAUCCACGAGUACCUCUUCCGUGAGGGUGUACUUGUCGCAAAGAAAGAUCUCAACCAGCCCAAGCACGGCGAGAUCGACACCAAGAACCUCUACGUUGUCAAGGCAUGCCAAUCUCUCACCUCCCGUGGCUACCUCAAGACUCAGUUCUCCUGGCAAUGGUACUACUACACCUUGACUCCUGAGGGUCUCGACUACCUUCGCGAAUGGCUCCACCUGCCCGCCGAGAUCGUCCCGCAAACCCACGUCAAGCAACAACGUUCGCACGCCCCUCCCCGUGGAAUGCUCGGCGGCGACGAGCGCGGAGAGCGCCGUGGCGGCGGACGCGGUGGACCCCGCGGUGACCGUGAGGGUGGUUACCGCCGCCGCGAGUUCGGUGAGGGCAACAAGGAGGGCGGUGCUGCCCCCGGUGGCUUCAACCCUGAGUUCCGUGGUGACGGCGAGCGCCCCCGCGGUGGCUUCGGACGUGGUCGCGGUGCUGCACCACCAUCUUAGGAGGAUGCUGGUUGGGGAUCUGCGGACACGGCGCAACAGGACGGUGGUCAAGAAGACUGGACGCGAAAGAAGACCGAGGGAGAAAGCGCACGUGAGAACACUGGGCCCGCCUGGUGAUCCUCCAAGCCAUGCUCUCACUAUCUUGGCCAGCUACGGCCUCGCUUUCUAUCUUCGCGACAGCUUGACCUGAUGACUAUGGCAGUGCAAGUGAGCACAGGCAGUUUACUCGGCUCCUCGCCCGGAUAAGCUAGAAAACCCAAGUCUGCCUUUAACGAUAGAACUUCACACUUCUUCAUCUUCCAUUUCCUCUCACGUUGUGCAAUCCCUGUCAGUAAAGUGAUCGGUAGCCAUUUAGCUCAAAACUUUUGACCUCGAGCAAGAUCAUAGAGCAAGCAUAUUUGCCUCGAAUUCUGUAUGUGGUCGAUGUCUCGAUUUGAGUUUUGUACUGUAUGUCAUCAAUUAUCCCUAUGCUGCGAUUGUGGUGAAUCC